AUGAUGUUACGUCAUUUGGGUAAGUAUGAGGUCAUAAGUGGAAAGUAUAUAAGGGAGUUAGUAAAUGAAUUUGGAGAGUAUGGUAGCCCAGCUGUACAAGUUGGAUACCGAGGUAGCAUGGGUGAGCAAUUCGAUUAUCAGAUGAUAGUAGUAAAAGAGAAAAAACAUAAAGGAAUUAUUAUAAAGAGAAUGUUUAUUACUCUCCUGUUUGUCGCAGGAUUCUUGGCUUCCGUAAUUCACGCAAGCAUAGAGACAACAACACCUUUUAACGGGGUUAUUUGGAAUGCUAGUACCACCGUAACAAUAAGAUGGAGAGAAAGUAAACAAAAACCUUUGUUACAAGACUUAAAGCAUGUAACCAUUUACUUAAUGGCUGGUGGACCAGAUAAAUCAUUUCAAGUUAAAAUUAUUGCCAAAAAUGUUAAAGGAACAGCUCGACGUCAUAAUUUUAAAGUACCAAAGGGCCUAGGUCCCUCAGGAUCAUUUUACUUUCUUAAAUAUACAGAUUCACAACACCCUUCACUCACAGAUUUCUCUGGUUCUUUCACGAUCAGUGGAACAAAUGGUACCAUCCCGGGUUUCAAUCCACAGGAAGCUACGGCAACUACUAUACCAACCCCAACUUAUUUGCCAAUCGUUCCAACACAGACUAAUAGCAUAACAGGUGAUGCAAAUAAUGCAAAUAAUGGUAGUUCUACAAAUUCUAUUACUUCACCUACUCCAUUAAGCAACGGGUCAAGUAAUCAGAGACAAUUUUCAAAGUUUGAAGGACUUUCGUUGGGUGUUAUUACUUUUGUUUUUAUC